AUAGAGGACGUACCUCUGAUGUAACGUCAUCAAGCUAUACGUUGGGCAAGAACAGGGAAGAACACACUCUGAGAAGAUGGCUGCAAGGUUACUUUUCCGCACUGCUGUUCGCACAGCCACUACUCUCCGGGUUUCCCCGGUGAAGGCUUUAACCCGUGGAAUGGCUGCUGGAGGUAUUCCAACCGACGAGGAGCAGGCCACUGGGAUGGAGAAAAUCGUUAUGCACGCACUGAAAGAGGGCUCGGAUCCAUACAGCAUGUUGAAGCCCAAGGAAUAUGCCGGAUCCAAGGAGGAUCCACAUCUCGUCCCUUCCAUUACAAAUAAGAGGGUUGUCGGUUGUGUGUGUGAGGAGGACAACACUGCAGUGGUAUGGUUCUGGCUUCACGAGGGACAGGCCCAGCGAUGCCCUUCAUGUGGGUCUCAUUACCAGCUUGUGGCCCACGAGCUGCCCCAUUAAGACAGUAGAAUGUGUGUAAAUAGCAGCAAGUAACUUUACACGCUGAAAAUAAAAAAUAGCCGGAUCAUAAGUAAUGGAUUUUAUUGUCUUUCACAAGUACCUGUUUACAUGUGCUCAUAUACAUGUGCUCCUCCAGAUUGAUUAAAGUAUAAAAUCUA